UAGUUGAAUGUCAGUCCAUUGCAGAUACUGUGCCUCAAUGAAUCAAAGCAUAGUUCAUCAAAGCUAAUACUCGAUAUUUACGUGGCAAAGAUUUUAAUGUUUUUGCACUGGGUGUGCUAUUGUCUAUAUAGCCAUAUACUAGAUUUUUUUUUUUUUCAUCUUUUACUUUUCCUGAAUGUCUUUCGUGCGUACUAGGAGGUUGUGUUAGUCAUUGCCCUAUGUAAGACUUGGAGUUCGCCACUUAGAAUAGUACAGUAUUUUAUUGUUGCUUUUUAGAUAUAAUGUGCAUGGUACCUGGCAAUACUAAUUUAUAACACGGUUCUGUUCAUUUUUUCAAGUGAUCAUUCUUCUGUGUAAAAUCUGAGUGAUUUGAUUCAGUGGAGGAAUUUCUACACUUUGUAAGCCUCAUGUGUGCUUCCCAGCAAUGGGGAAGGGUCUAGAGAAUUGGUGCCCAUCACGUGAUGGAGCAGUCUGGAGUUAUGGAAGCUCCCGGUUUAAUAUACGAUAAUGCACCUGCUGUGGUAACUACUGCAAUAGGCCAAAUGGCAAUUUCUAAAGGACGGCAAGGAAGGGAAGCACAAAAUAUCGUGAAAGUGUAUUUGGCUAAUCUGCGUCUUAAGGGAGUUGGCACUGAUGUCCUAAUCACUGCAUAUGAACCCAUUGUUAUAAAUCCCUUGAGCGAAAGUGCUGGCACGGUUGGUGCCGGCUUAGCUGUUCCUGCUGUGCAAGUUGGAUGUUUGCCCAUGGCCGAGGUCUUCAAGCGUGCUGUUGAAAGCUUCAAGGUUUAUGACUGGGGUCUUUUUGGCGUAUGAUCCUGGGUUUUGAUAGGUGUUGAGAGUGUAGGAACAUAGCUACAGGACUAAAAUUUUAGGUACUAUUCCCAAUAUUUCCCAUAUAAAUCCCUUAUUGAUUUUCUUUUAGACCCUUCUUAUUUUAACGGAUUAUAUCAUGGUUGUGAAUCUGGUAACUUUGAAAGUAAUUUAGCUGCUCUUAAUGAAUAUUGCUGUCUUUUGAAGCACAGCUAACUGGUUUGUGCAUGAUAGGUGUAUUAUUGAAUCUGUUCAUAGACAACUUGAGUCCUUGCUGAAAUGAACAGGGCAUUAUUUUGCUUGUCC